UGCGGGCGGCGGGAGCGGAGGGAGAGCGCGCAGGCCAGGCUCAGGCCCACCUUCCAGCGGCUUCUCUCUGCAAGAAUGGGGGCAUCCGCGCGGCUUCUGCGCGCGGCGAUCAUGGGGGCCCCCGGCUCAGGCAAGGGCACCGUGUCGUCGCGCAUCAUCAAGCACUUCGAGCUGAAGCACCUCUCCAGCGGGGACCUGCUCCGGGACAACAUGCUGCGGGGCACAGAAAUUGGUGUGCUAGCCAAGACUUUCAUUGACCAAGGGAAGCUCAUCCCAGAUGAUGUCAUGACUCGGCUGGUCCUUCAUGAGCUGAAGCAUCUCACCCAGUGUAGCUGGCUGCUGGAUGGUUUUCCAAGGACAGUUCCACAGGCUGAAGCCUUGGAUAGAGUUUAUCAGAUAGACACGGUGAUUAACCUGAACGUGCCCUUCGAGGUCAUUAAGCAACGCCUCACUGCUCGCUGGAUUCAUCCAGCCAGUGGUCGCGUCUACAACAUCGAAUUCAACCCUCCUAAGACCGUGGGCGUUGACGACCUGACUGGGGAGCCUCUCGUCCAGCGUGAGGACGACAAGCCGGAGACGGUCAUCAAGAGGCUGAAGGCGUACGAGGCGCAGACGGAGCCGGUCCUGGAAUAUUACCGGAAGAAGGGGGUGUUGGAAACAUUCUCUGGAACAGAAACCAACAAGAUCUGGCCCCAUGUAUAUGCUUUUCUCCAAACAAAAGUUCCACAAACAAACCAGAAAGCCUCAGUUCAUCCAUGAGGAAAAAUGCAAGUAAUUAGUGCAAUGAGCAGAACCUUCUCCUCAUCCUAAGACUCCUGCACGUAUGAAUUCUUUGAAAAUGAUAUUUUGAUUUCUAUUGAUUUUUUUCUAGAUACUAAGGAUGUGCCAGAUGAGUCAGAUACUAAGAUUUCUCUUCUGAAAUUGUCUAGUGUGUUUUAUUCAGUUAUCUUUUGUGGGUGUGCAAUCAUAAAACAUCAGUGAUGUCUUAACAAAAAUUUUUUUAGAUCAAAAUGAAAAGAGCAAUUAGUAAUCUGAUUUUUGUUCAGUAAGAGUAAGUGGUUGAUAAAGGUUUCCAUGUUUUUCUGGAAAAGUAAACAAAAAAAGACAUUAUACUGAUUUGGGGAGAGUAUCUUAUCGAGGCAUAUAUAUAGACUGAUGCCAAGUAGAGACAUUCCUAGCGCUGUGGGAUGUGUUUUUGUGAGACACUGUAUCUCUAAAAUUCCAGAAAAAAACAACUGGAUUUACAGAUCAGUUGCAGAAUGCAAAUUCACUGCUGCCUUUAAACUAAGAAACGUACAAGCCGGCCAUAUAUACUCUUAUUUAUUUUGUUGUUAAACGUAUCUUCCUUUUACUUAGAAUUUCCAAUUUGCUAUAAAAAUGUGUCAGAGCAUUUAUGGUAAUAUUACUUCAGUGACUGGGUUUCUUUUGAGAAACCAUGUGUCCUGAGGGAUAUGAUUUAUUUAGAAUUUGACACUGUAAGUUCCUGGUUAAGCAUCGAACCUGAAGGACUUUAAUUCAGUGGUAAAUGUAAAGUCUUAGGUUUUCCAGUGUGACUCAGGUUAAGAAAUGUGUGCUUUAGGAUGUACCUGCCAGUUUCUCUACGAUCAAAAUGUAUGAUAUGCUUUGAUGUUUAACAAGUACCAAAAAAAAAAAAAAGGAAGAAAGGAUAAA